AUGCCUACAACAGAACUACCCACGCCAGAGACUAGCGGCGCGCCCUCUGAACCCGCGCCAACCCAGCCUCUCUCGAAGAAGGCGCAGAAAAAGCUCGCCAGGGCAGCACGCACGGCAGAGCUCAAGUUGGAGCGCCGUGCGGCCGAGAAGGAGCGCAAGAAGGAGAAGAAACGCCUCCUUGCGCAGAAGCGCGCGGCGGGCGAGCUCGACGCACAGGACGUGCAGGCCGCACGCAAGAAGCGGCGUACAGGCGAGGGCCCGCGGACGGCGUUUGGGGCGCGCGUCGUCGUGGACCUGGGCUUCGACGAUAUGAUGACGGAGAACGAGAUCAAGUCGCUCACGUCUCAGCUUGCAUACACGUACAGUGCGAACAAGCGUUCAGACCCCUCGUUCUCGUUGUUGUUGUUCACCUCACUGAAUGGACGCACACUGACGCGCAUGGAGGCCAUGAGCGACGCGGCUUACAAGCGGUGGGUGGCCGCUGAGUUUUGGACGGAAGGGUACGAGGCCGUCGUAUACCUCACCGCGGACGCUGACGAGGAGCUGACAGAGCUCAGGGAGGACGAGACGUAUAUCAUCGGGGGAAUCUGCGACCACAAUCGCUACAAGAGCCUCUGUCUCAACAAAGCACGCGAGAGCGGCAUUCGUGCAGCUCGCCUACCAAUCGGGACAUAUCUCGCGGAGUUGCGCACGCGCAAAGUGCUGACGGUGAACCAAGCAUUCGAGAUCCUGCUACGUUGGGUCGAAACCCGUGAUUGGGAGAAGGCUCUGUGGGCAGUCGUGCCAAAGCGCAAGUUCCAGGAAGGGCGCAGAAGAGGGAAGGGGGGCAAAGUGAGUGAAGCCGGGGAUACGGCGGAGGGUCAGGGAGAUGCAGAUGAUGGGGAAGCAGAUGCGGAGGAUGGAGGCGAAGAUGCUGACGAUAUACAGAGUGCGAUAGUGCUCGACGAACGGACAUUAGAGGACGCCGAGGACGAUGAGGCGGACGAUCCACGGAGUGGGCAUGACGAAGGUGUGACUAACACAGAGCUGAACGAGUCUUGCUCCUGA